UCUAUUCCUCUUCAUCAGGUCCUCUGUGCAGUGUGCUGGUGAACCGCUUCGGCUGUCGUCCAGUGAUGUUGGUGGGAGGCAUCCUCGCUUCUCUGGGAAUGAUCCUGGCCUCCUUCUCCACCAGCAUUAUCCACAUUUACCUCUCUACUGGGGUCAUAACAGGUUUGGGGUUAGCCCUGAACUUCCAACCAUCGCUCAUUAUGCUAAACCGCUACUUCAGUGAGAAGCGUCCCCUGGCCAAUGGGCUCUCGGCUGCAGGAAGCCCUGCGGCUCUGUGCUGCCUCUCUCCACUGGGCCAGGUUCUCCAGUACCAGUACGGAUGGAGGGGGAGCUUCCUCAUCUUGGGUGGCAUUCUACUUAACUGUUGUGUGUGCGCGGCCCUGAUGCGGCCUUUGGUUGCUCCAAAGACGCUCAAAUCUAAGGAGCUGGAACAGGACAAUGAAGAAGAAGCAGAGAAGAAGAAGCCCAAAGCCAAACUGCUGGACUUCUCUGUGUUCAAAGACCGCGGCUUUGUCAUCUACACCGUGGCGGCGUCCAUCAUGGUGCUGGGGCUCUUUGUGCCGCCGGUGUUUGUCGUGAGCUAUGCGAAGGAGCUGGGGAAUGAGGACACCAAAUCAGCGCUUCUGCUCUCCAUCCUGGGCUUCAUUGACAUGUUUGCACGGCCCACUUGCGGUCUGAUAGCUGGAAUGAAAUGGGUGCGUCCUCGUUGCGUCUACCUCUUCAGCUUUGCUAUGAUCUUCAACGGAAUCACUGACCUCAUCGGAUCACAGGCCAACGACUACACAACGCUGGUGAUCUUCUGCAUCUUCUUUGGCCUCUCCUACGGCAUGGUGGGGGCCCUGCAGUUUGAGGUUCUCAUGGCAAUAGUUGGUACAGAGAAGUUCUCCAGUGCCAUUGGCCUGGUGCUGCUUAUGGAAGCCAUCGCUGUGCUAGUGGGGCCGCCUGCUGCAGGCCGGCUUCUUGAUGCCACCCAUAACUAUAUGUGGAUCUUCCUGCUGGCAGGAUGCGAGGUGGUCCUGGCAGCUGUCGUCCUGGCUACAUGUAACUUCCUGUUUAUCAAGAAAGAGCCCUCAGCAUCAGCAGACAAGCUUGAGAACAUCACAGUGACAGAGGAGUGCAGCAAAGGUCCAGACGUCAAUGACGAAGAAGAGAAGGGAGCAAGAGAGGAGCAAGAAAAGGAGACAAAGGAGGUGUUGAAGGAGAAAGAGGAAAUAGACAAAGAGACAGAAGAGAGGAUCAGGCCAGCUAGUUUAACAGUGGACUCACAGGAAGUCGAAAAGUUCUUGAAAGAGCCAACACAAAAUGGAGACAUGGCCAACAGUCCUGAGACAAGCCUGUGAUUGGUCAUGCAGGGGACCCAUACCUCUUUUAUAACCCCCCAACAGUGAACUUUGAACACCGUUAGAUAGUUGUGCUUUCCUUAAAUGUAGUGUUUAAUCCAGAUGUCAAUCAAAUCAAAUCCAAUCAUGUUUUAUUUAUAUAGCACAUUUAAAGUGAUUUUUGGUCGAGCCAAAGUGCUGUACAUGUAAUAAAAACACUUUACUACAAUCACAAUAAAAUACAAUAAUUUACAACAGAAAUAUAAAAAACAAAAACACAGGGAAUAGCCAGGUGUCAUGCUCCGCUCUGAGUAGAAGGCCAGAGAGAAUGGCUGUUUUAUCGCUACCACUGCCAUAUGAAAUAGUAAUAGUAAGAGUUAUGUCAGCAAUAUUUCAUCACUAGAUGUUAUAAGGUGCAGCACUGACUUGUGGAUACAAUUUUUAUCAAAAGUCAAAAGUUGUAUUUUUAAUUAACCAGCAACUAAGGAUAUGGGUGAUUUUGAUGAUAUUCUGAAUUCAUAGUGUCAGCAAAUACCAUGAAAAGAGAUUAAUACAGUUGCUUAUGAGAUUUUAGCUGGAGAAAUAAUUGUAUUGUCUAUCUUCCCAGUUAAAUCAACAAUCGAUGUAUCUUACUGAAUCCUGUUACAUUCAAAUGUGGAGCAGCUAACCUCAUAUUAGAUAUAGAUUCAUGCAUGUUCAAAAGGUGACCGUCAAUAUGUGAACCUUUGUGAAAAGUUUGCCAGACUUGAUGUCUUUGGACCUAUUCUACCCUUAACUAUCUCACACAAGUUUAAACAUUCUGGUUCAUCAUGUAGAAACGACCCUUGGUGACAUAGUGAAGACUAGCAGGCUAACAGCUAUAACACUAGCUAGCCACAAUUUGUGAGCAAGAGUUAGUCACAGCUCUCUUAGCUAGUUAUCAGACAUGCUAACUGCCAACUUGCAAAGCAAGGCUCUGAUGUACUCUUAUCAGGAUAGGGUCAGCAAUAAAUAAAGGUGGAUGAGCAUUACAAUUUGGUAGAAGUCGAACUGCUUAGUUUUAUGUAGAAAACAAUGCAGUAUUGGCUGUUUUAGGAAAUGACAAAAGUUAUAGUUUUGAAGAUCUGAAGGAGGUACCAAAGGGCUUUGAGCUGAGAGCCACAUACAAACAGUGUGUUUGUGAAAGUAUUGAGUGAUGGACUAAUUACUGUUAGUUUUGGUCUUCUCAUGUCUGCUUUUUGAAGGAGCGAAAACAGCUCCGUCGCGUGAGGAAUAACUCCUUUCCAUUGUUGCUUAAAGGUCCCCUAUUAUACUGUUUUUCAUCAAUAUAUAAUAGUUCUCAGAUAUAUACAAAACAUGUCUCUG